AUUUUAAUAAAUUUGUAUUUUGUAUAUUAUUUAUUGUUAUUAUUAUCAUUUAUUUAUUUAAAACCAUAAUUUACUUGGGUCAUUUUUAUUUCGAUUAUUGUUGUGAACGUGUCUCAAAUUCGUCGCGAAUUGAAACAAGUACUGAGAUACCGCUUCUCUUGUUGAAGUUUCAAAUCAUCGUUUGCGCCUUAGACAGUAACAACCACCGUCACCAUGGCCACUCCAACCAGCGGCAAUGGUAAUUUGGUGGACGAAUUCGACGAAGCGUUCAUGUCACUUGUUGAAAUAAUAUCAAAAGAAGAUGAGACUUUCUCGCCGGUUGACAAAGAAGAAGUACGUGUGGACAUAGAUCAGUGUACGAUGAGAUUCAUCGACAUCGCUAGACAACUAGAGGCGUUUUUCCUACAAAAACGGUUUCUACUGUCCGCCUUGAAGCCCGAACUGAUCGUUAAAGAAGAUAUAUCCGAAUUGCGUUUGGAAUUAGCCCGUAAAGAUGACCUCAUCCGUCGGCACUAUGACAAAAUCUCCAUCUGGCAAAAUCUGUUGGCUGAUUUACAACAAGUGGCUAAAUCACCCGCCCAAAACACUAUGGGCCAUAGUCCCAUGCCAGCACCGAUGCCAUCUCCCCUACCAAUUGGACCACCCCAACAACAACUAUCUCCUCAAGUACCUGGAGGUAUGGUUUCACCACAACAAGCUAUGUUUCUACAACAACAGCAGCAGCAACAGCAACAGCAACAGCAGCAGCAAAGGCCUGGUCCAGUGGCUGGUGGACCAAUGCCUGGUGCGUUGUUACAAGGACCAUUAGCAUAUUUGGAAAAGACCACCAGCAAUAUAGGAAUGGGUGAUGGGAGGAGGUGACGAGGUCGGGGACGAGGAAGAGGACGCGGUAGGGCCCAUCUUAGUCCCCCUUGACCACUGGCAAAAGCACAAAAUUGAUGCUUUUAAGCCAAACGAAUUGCUACAAAUAAUCCUACCAAUUAUUUUGUGAAAUCACUUGUACAUUACUGUAAAUGUUGUAAGUCUAUGAGUUGCUUAUUGUUUAUAAUCUGUAUAUAUGUUUUAAUAUUGUAUAAUAUGGAUUUAUUUUUUAUUGUAAAAGCUGUAAAUACUCGCUUCACAUUAAUCUGUAAGUGUCCAAAAUAAUAUUUAAUGUAAUUUAUUUGUGUUAUUGAAUAUAUUUUCAUUUAAUAGUA